GGGGGGAAUCAGAUACCUUUUAUUGUUAUCACACAAGUGGGAUAAAGAACCGUUCUUAUUUCAAACAACAACGGGCAACUUUGUUGCUAUGCAAUGUAAUUAAUGCCGCUAGUGUAUGUACUAAAGAAAAACAUUAAGGUUCCUUUAACUUGAAAUAACAUGUUUGCUUAAAAUAACAUAUUCAGCAGCAUAUUUGCAUGGUGGGGUCUAGAUGUUGUUUUGAAUCCAUUGUUGCUUGCAACAAAAACUCGGGAUUGAUACAGGCAAUGAUGAACAGGCGCGUGCAUGCUGAAAGCACAUUUGGAGCUGGGGAUAUCCUUUGUUUUUCUCUUCAGAGUAUGCUUGAAUGAGAAGACGGACUCACUUUUGUUUGAAUCAGGGGUGUCCCUCCCUCCACGCUGCAUGUGACAAAAACACUGACCGGCCCCCUUCAAUUCCUAUGGAUCGAACUACAGAACCUCCGCUUCAAGACAUCUGUUCCUUUCUAACAGAGCGCGCCCCCGUUUCCAGAGCUGUGACUGAACGACUGACUCUCGUGGUCCCCGGACUGGUGAUUUCCACAUUUGCCCGUGAUAUCAACCAAAGAUGAAGAUCGACGUUGACUCAAACUCACCCUGCUCUUCUUUUCGCAGUUUGUAGAUCGGAGGGAAUUGCAACGAGGAUUUUGCUUCCUCUCCAUCACUCUCGUCCGAGCAGAGAGAGUCACCACCGAGCGUCAAAAGCCCGGUGCCAUUGAGUAGCCGAUUUCUUUUUGUCUGCCCUCUAGCCGGGGGUUUCGCAUCCUCUGCGUCUGGCUUGGAUGGGAAAGGACAACGAAGGGCGAGUGAAAAGAUCGGGGUUCUGAUGUUUGAAUAUUUUGCGCUUCUGGACAUUUAAUUUAUCGUAUUCAGUCAUCGUUGAGAGACUACUGUGAUUAUGGAGUCGGUAGAAAAGGAGUGCGGAGCGUUGGGUGGAUUAUUCCAAGCUAUCGUCAACGACAUGAAGAGUUCCUAUCCCGUGUGGGAAGACUUCAGUGCCAAGGCUACUAAACUGCACUCCCAACUCAGGACCACAGUUCUGGCAACAGUGGCAUUUCUAGAUGCCUUUCAGAAGGUGGCAGACAUGGCGACCAACUCAAGAGGAGGCACCAGGGACAUAGGUUCAGCUCUGACCAGGAUGUGCAUGAGACACCGCAGCAUUGAGACUAAACUACGCCACUUCACCAAUGCUCUUAUGGAAGGCCUAGUCACUCCUCUCCAGGACAGGAUAGAGGAAUGGAAAAAGACAGCUAACCUGCUGGACAAAGACCACGCCAAAGAAUACAAGCGGUCUCGCCAGGAGAUCAAGAGGAAGUCCUCAGACACCAUGAAGCUCCAGAAGAAGGCCAGGAAAGAGCUUCUAGGCCGGGGUAACCUGCGUCCUCAGCUGGACAGUGCCAUGCAGGACGUCAGUGACCUCUACCUGCUGAUGGGGGAGACAGAGAAGCAGGCGGUGCGCCGRGCCCUCCUAGAGGAGAGGGGGCGCUACUGCUUCUUCAUCAACCUGCUGAAGCCUGUGGUGAAUGGAGAGAUAGCCAUGCUGGGAGAGAUCACUCACCUGCAGGCCAUUGUUGAUGACCUCACUGUGCUCACUGAAGACCCACACAAACUGCCCCCGGCUAGUGAGCAGGUGAUCGGGGACCUGAAGGGUUCAGACUACAGUUGGUCCUACCAGACCCCUCCCUCCUCUCCCAGCAGUGCUGCCUCCAGGAAGAGCAGUAUGUGCAGUAUCCUCCAGAUGCCAACUGUCGGUGCCCAUCGUCUCAGUAGUGUCUCCUCCCAUGAUUCAGGGUUCAUCUCUCAGGAUGCCAACACCCACUCCAAGCCCCCCUCACCCAUGCCCUCUGACAUCACCAGCCAGAAGUCCACCAGCUCAGCCUCCUCUGAGGCAUCAGAAACCUGCCAAUCUGUCAGUGAAUGCAACUCUCCCACCGCGUUUGGCUCGGGCUCAUCCUUCGGUACCUUCCGCCCCGCUCUCUCACACACUGGCUCCAUCAGGCCUCUCUCUGUCAUACUUCCUGGGUCCCCCACAUUUAACCGCUCUCCUGGAUCCAAAACCCCCUCACCCAUCUCAAAGGUUCCUAGCUGGAAGGAUUGGUCUAAAACCAGUACCUACGAGCCCUCAUUGGCUACCACUCUGCAGCAAAGGAGAGAGUCAUUGGACAGGAUGAGGGAGCAGGAGGUUCCUUCCAGUCCUAAAGGGUUCUCUGGGAUGCACCCAGACACUCAUAGGUCCAGGAUGGCCCAAGCUACUAUAGCAGCCAAGCACGGCGGUGAGGCCAUGUCCCCAGCAGCCAGUACACUAGCCAUGGUACUAACCCGUGGUCUCAGUAUAGAGCAGCAGAAGAAUAGCAGGGAAUCUCUGCAGUACUCCAGUGGCUACAGCACCCAGACCAACACACCGUGCUGCUCAGAGGACACCAUCCCCUCACAGGGGUCUGACUAUGAGUGCUACUCUCUGAACGGGGACGCUGAUACCGGCAGGGAGGCUGACUUCGACAAGUCCUCCACCAUCCCCCGCCACAGCAACAUCGCACAGAACUACCGCCGCAUGAUCCAGACCAAGAGGCCGGCCAGCACCGCCGGGUUACCCGCCGGAGUGAGCCCUCCUGGUGGUAUGCAUGGAGUGAUUUAUGGGGGUGAUGGAGGGCGUGACGGGAGGCACGGAGCCAUCACCUCUGGAACAGCCACCAUCCGCCGGACCCCCUCCUCCAAAACGGGGGUGAGACGCACCCCGUCCACCUCAGGCCCCAUCGCCAUCCGCCCCCCCAUCGUUCCAGUCAAGACCCCCACGGUGCCAGACUCUCCUGUCUACUCCCCCGGUUACUCCCCCAGCUACUCUCCCAGCCUUACCCAGAGCAUGGGCAGCGAAGAGUACCUGUAUGGGGACGAGACUCCAUCCAGUGCCCUGGAAUACAUGAAGGCCUCCCCCAAGCGGCUGAGCCUACCUGACACCACCGCCUGGAGCUCCGGAGGGGGGCUGGACCAAAGUGUCUAUGCCCAGCAGCCCCCUGGCAUGACAGGCCUCAGCCUUGAGGAGGACCCCCAGCUGGCAGCCAACCGCCACAGCCUGGUGGAGAAGAUAGGAGAGCUCGCGGCCAGCGCCCACGCCCUGGGCGAGGGUCAGUUCCCUUUCUCCUUUUUGGACCCUCUGCCAGCGGACCCAAUGGGUACCAAAUCUGUAACCCAACACCCACAACAACCACCACACAGGCCCCAGGAGGGCGUGGACAUGCUGGUGUCCAUACGGAGAGGUGUGAGGCUCCGCAAGGCGGUCUCCAACGACAGAUCAGCCCCCAGGAUACUGCAGGAUACUGCAGCAGCAUCCAGGAUACUGCGGUAGUAUCUACUGGGACUGACCACAGAACUGUGGUGCCACUGCAAGCUCUAGUAGUGAAAUGAAUGAACACUCAUCCUGUACAGGAAAAGACUGCAUGAAAUGAAAGGGAAAACGAGUGUCAAUGUGUAAAGAUUCAAUGAAUGGCCAUGGGUGGCCAAUGGACAAAUGUCAUGUAAUGAAUUGCGUACAAAUAUAUUUUUAUGUCGUAUUCCUAUUUCCCUUGAUGUCUGUGGGCUUAGUGGCUGUGGUUGUCUAUUCCCUCUCCUGUCUCCUGAUGAAUCAGCUCAGGCACCUUUCCUUUAGACUCAGUGAUCAGGGCCUGUAUUCACAAAGUGUCUCAGAGUAGGUGUUGUGAUUAUAAUGAAUCUAUAAUACAAUUAUAUGGACAAUGGUGCUGAGAGAUUAGUGUAUUUUGAGGUCUSUUUGGUUUGGUUUCGAUUAUAUAUACAGUACGAGUCAAAAGUUUGGACACACCUACUCAUUCAAGGGUU